CAAAUUCAGAAUUCACGUUUCAUUUUGAAGGAUUUUGCAUUGUGAAAGGCGGAAAAGAUGGCUCCGAAAUCUCAAUUUAGUCAGGAAGAGGAAAUGCUUUUGCGUGACUUUGGGAGGAACCUCUCUAGAAAAUCAUCAAUCAUUUUCUAUUUUCAUGGCCUUUUCAUUUCCGCUGUGCCGAUAUGGCUCUACAUUCGCAUCCAUCAAAUGGAUCUUGUUGAAACCCCGAUCCCAUUUGUCCUCGUGACUUUAAUCAGCAUGUAUCUCAUUACAAUUGCUUACAAGAACAAUAAAUUUGAGCUGAAGCACAAACUCGCACAAAAACGUGAAGACCCGAUUGCAAAAGAAAUCAGUGAACGACUCAGUGAGAAAAUAUCAAAGAAAGAAAAGGAUGAAAGAAUCCUCUGGAGAAAGAACGAGAUAGCGGAAGCAGAAUCGAUGCAACUUUCAAUCUUGUACAGCAACGCGUUGUUUCUCGUUGCCAUGAUCACCAUCUCAUUCUUUCUCCUGAAAAGUUAUUCCUCCCUCCCCAAUUAUGUCUUAUCGAUGAUCGGUGCGAGCGGCCUUACUGCUCUCCUGUCAACCGGAACAAAAAAAGGUUAAAGUUCAAGGGACAUAGGAAGUGUUUGUUUCAUUGCUAAAUUAAAUAUUUGAAAACUCUAGGAAGAAAUCAAUUUCCACACAAAAAAAAAGAACUUUGAACUUUUCUGCUAAAUUUUUUUUGUUUAUGAUGAUUCUCAAUCCAAGUGUAUUUUUACCUUUUGGUUGCUCUCGGUUACCAGUUGGUCUGCUGGCUGUGGCACCUACAUGUAAUUACCCUCAAUAAUCAUUGUCUGCUGCCCUACAGUGACAAUCAAAUUGUAAUGGCCCUUGGGAACAUUCUAAAUACUGGCCGCUAGUUGAGAUUACCCCAAUAAUCAUUCGGUCUCCAGGCCUCUGAUAGCCAUUAGUUGGGAUUUCCCCUUUGUGAUCAUUUUGAAUGCUGACCUGUAUUGACCAUCUAAUUUUGAUGGUCAUCUGUGAUACCUCCAAUAUUCCUUCAGCUGGUUGACAUCUAGUUGCAAUGAUCGUCAAUGGUAAUUGGGUUUUCAUACCUUUAUGCCCAUCUGUCUAAUCUAGUGGUGACAACUUUUAUUGGUCAUUUAGUGUACUAGCGUCUUGCCUUGUGGCAGUUUGCAUAAAAAUUUGUAAACUACUAUGAAAGAGAGCCAGCUGCACUAUUCACCAAUGUUCACUUACGUUUAUCUCAUUCUUAACCAAAUAGUCUUCUAUUGAUGUCUGUCGGGAUAAAUUGUUAUAGUAUAAAAUAUAUACAUGUUGAAGUUCCAUAAUCUAGUUGCCAGAUCUCGAAGCGCUUUAUUAAUGAUGAAGCAUAAGAUUUGUAUUGACAAUUUCUUUCUAUAUUGAGAACUUUAUUACGUCCCUAGAUCCUAUGGCUAUGAUUUUCACAAUAUAAUUUUCUCUGUAUGAUUGGCAAGCUGAAUUUGUGAACCAUUGAAACAAAUACAUUAAGAUCUUCCGAAUUCCAAAAUUGAAAAAAAAAUUAAGACAUCAAACACUAAUUUUUGGAUAUUUUGUUUUUAUUCAGGGUGUCCUUGUGACUUUUGACAGUUGUUUCGAGCAGACUAUGAUAUAUUUAAUUGUGCUCAAUGUUUUUUAACAAAUUUUGUGUGAGGGGGGAUUGUUGGUGUAACAAUUGUUGAAAAUAUUUUCAAUUGUCGAAUGAAGCAAAAUCAUGAAGCAAUAUUAAACUGGAAAAACGUCAA